AUGGUUUCCAAGAACAAUGCCUCUGUCGUUCUCUUCGUCUCACUAAACCUUCUAUUCUUUGCCUUUGUCAAUGCACACAACAAAACUUGCCCGAAAGACACCUUGAAACUUGGUGUUUGCGCCAAUUUGCUGAACUGGUUGAUUGGAAUUCGCAUUGGUACCCCUCCCAAAGAGCCAUGCUGCAGUCUCAUUCAGGGACUGGUAGAUGCCGAGGCAGCUGUUUGCCUCUGCACUGCCAUUAAAGCUAAUAUCUUAGGAAUCGUCCUUAAUAUUCCUGUCUCACUUAGGCUUCUUCUUAACAAUUGUGGGAAGAAAGUCCCACCUGGCUUCCAAUGUGCUUAA